UUGAUAUUUUACGAGCUUCAUGAUAAGGUAAAAUCUAAAACAAUAUCUUCAAACUAAUGACGUAAAUUUCAUAGCUAGUAAAUAGACAAUUCAUUGGAAACAUAUCUUUAAAAAUGUUAUUCCUAAAUCUUGCAUUAAAUUCGUCUAAACGUAUCGUAUAUUCGAGUGCGAAAUUAUCGAUAAACUCGGCGUUAAAAAGAAAAAUGGCGACCGAAGUGGAAAAAGCACAAACCGCAACUCCCGGUGGUGAUACAAUAUUUGGAAAAAUAUUGCGUAAAGAAAUUCCAUGCAACUUUAUUUACGAAGACGAUAAAUGUGUUGCAUUUAAUGAUAUUAAUGGACAAGCUCCUGUACACUUUUUGGUAAUACCAAGAAAACCAAUUUCCCAAUUAUCCAAAGCCGAUGACGAGGAUGAAGCCUUAUUGGGACAUUUAAUGUUAGUAGCACGAAAAGUUGCGAAACAAGAAGGUUUGGAUAAUGGUUUUCGUUUGGUUGUUAAUGAUGGAAAGGAUGGUGCACAAUCGGUGUUUCAUUUGCACCUGCACGUACUCGGUGGUAGGCAGAUGCAAUGGCCUCCAGGCUAAAAAUUCCAAUUAUUUGAUCUGAUCUUAUAUUUUGAAUUAUUUGAAAUCAAUAAAUUAUAAUCAUUUCUUUUUUUUGACUCCUAAUAAACGAGUGAGAUCAUGAAA